GUAAAGUUCCUCUCAUAGAUGAGUGCACACCUUCACAGUUGUCCUUUUGCAUUGUUCUGGGACGAACUUUUAUCCAACCUAAUAAUGCGGUCAACUACCAUCGACGUUGACACCGACUUGCACAUCCACGACUCCGAAGGUACUACCCAAUCCACAAGCUACGACAACGUGUCCAUCGGCUACUACCCGAAGCAACAAUGUUCCGAUGACAUUUGGCAAACUUACCUCGAAGGAGUUAGCCCGAGCCCACUUGGGUUCUCCCCUCCAGCAAAGGUCUUACACAACCGCCUCCAUUCCGUGACGUUGGCCCAUUCAGUGUCGCCGGCCGUGCUGGCACAUGCCGCUUUCCAGACGAAGUCAGACAUCGCGGAAGUGAUCCAAAUCGCUUGGGCUGCGACCCUCCGUAAUUUCACUCGGAACGACGACGUCUUGUUUGGCUACGUGAUUCGCUCUCGAGAUGAGACUGCAGUUAAUGACGCCUCGAGGACCAUCGGACAUUCUGUCGUGCCUUGCCGUGUCCGUUUUGACGACUCACUGCCUCUGAUGAAACUCCUUCUCGCGUUCCGCGCCUCGCAGACCUCCAUUUCCCAAGCUAAACCUGACGACGUUGGAAACUGGAGCAACCAGCUUUCACUCGAUAAGUUGUGUGACACGUCGUUGGAGUGUCAGUCAAAUGCCACGAUGGAAUCUCCGUUGGGCGUACGAGACGCGCUGUCCAGCCAAUACGCAUUGAACGUGGUCGUGAAUACCCCAUCUGCCUCGGAUUGGACAAUCGCGGCGUAUUACCUGUCGUCAGUGUUGACAUGCACCAGUGCAACGGCGAUGAUAGACGAAUUCGACUUCACACUGACACAGCUGUGUGAUGCUCUUCUCACGCCAAAAGCGAUACCUCUGAUGACUGCCCGGUUAUGGGACCUCAAUCCAACUCAGAUGAGCUUGAUCACAACCGCAUCGUCUGGACCAGAUGUGGCAUUGCCGUUUGAACUGCUUCACCACGCCUUUGAAACUCGAGCCAAGGCGCGUCCUCAUGUUCGAGCUGUGGAGAUUCAGGACCGGUGGCUGUCGUACGGGGAACUCGACGCGCUCGCGAACUCGGUGGCCAGUGACUUGGCCCACUUGGGCGUGUGCGUUGGGUCUCGAGUGGCUGUGAUCAUGGACCGUUGUUUGGAGUUUCCCAUUGGAUUGCUUGCGGUGCUCAAAGUGGGUGCUGCCAUGAUGCCAUUGGAUGUGGCCUUUCCCUCUGCUCGCUUGGCAUUCAUGGUGGCAGAUGCUGGUGUGUGCGCUGUGGUCACGACAAGUCAAUUCCGGCAAACGAUUGUUGAUUUGGAGUUGGCUGUUGACGUUGUGGUCAUUGAUGUUGCAACCUCCAAGUCAGAGUUCGUGCCAUCAGCCUGCCACAUGGCCACCAAGUUGGACGAAGCGUACAUUGUCUACACGUCUGGGUCGACUGGCAAACCCAAAGGUGUUCCUGUUCUACACCACAGUGCGGUGAACUCUAUGGAGCGCUUUGGUGGUAUCCUUGAAAUCAAGGAGGACUCUAGGGUGUUUCAAUUGAUGGCCAUUGGUUUCGAUGGAUUCCAAGCCGACAUGUGGGAGAGUCUGUCCUUUGGUGCGACCUUGGUCUUAAGAAGUGAAGACGAUCUGUCGGCGCUGUCAACGGCUAGCAAUCUGACGUGCACCCCCACUGCGUUGUCCUUGCUGGGCGAACCAAACCAGUAUCCCCAGCUGAAGGUCGUGGCGGUGGCUGGAGAGGCUUGUCCAGUGGCACUCAAGGACUUGUGGGCACCAAGGGUCAAGUUGUUCAAUCUGUACGGUCCGUCUGAGUGUGCGAUCAUGUCCCACGGUACUCGACUGAGCCUGACGGAAUCCAUUGCAAUCGGGUCGGUGCUUCCCAACGUCCAUUGCUACGUGUUGGACGACAACCACCGACAGGUCCCAUUUGGCAUUCUGGGUGAAUUCUACUUGAGCGGCAUUUGCGUGUCGCCAGGCUACAUCAACUUGCCGGAAAUGACGGAAGAGCGAUUCUUGGUGGACCCCUUUGGCCAUGGCCGAAUGUACAAGACAGGGGAUCUGGGUCGUCUGCUGCCCAAUGGCCAAUUCGAAAUCGCUGGCAGACAAGAUAGCCAGGUCAAGUUGAAGGGCUACCGCAUCGAGUUGGAUGAAGUCGCCAAUGCCAUGAUGCAGCACCCGUCGGUCAAGUCGGCCGCCGCCAUUGUCAAGGACAAGACGCACCUCGUGGGGUACUUUACGCCGUCCGACGUCGAUGUGGUGGCGCUGGAGCAAUGUGUAAACAAUUACUUACCCACGUACAUGGUGCCUGCUGUGUGGAUUGGCCUGGACGUGAUGCCGAUGAAUUCCAACGGCAAGAUUGACAAGAAAGUUCUGGUGGGGAUGGAGGUGCAGAUUAAGACGGAGGGUUUGGAAAGUGACACAGAAGUCAAGUUGGCAGCAGUGUGGGCCCAAGUGUUUGAAGUGGAUACACGCGACAUCGGUCGACGCAUGUCGAUGUUCUCGCUCGGGGGCGACUCCAUUCUGGCCAUCCGUCUGGCUUCGGCUUGCAAUCGAGCUGGCCUUCCUCUGUCCGUGGGGGAUAUCAUGAAGUACAAUCGUCUGUGCGACAUGGCGCUGCGGGUUGGUCAGCAAAAGAGGACGGCGUGGCCCCAGGUGCCACUGGAUGACCACACCAUCGACCAAGUGGUGACGACUUGGCCGGACUACGAAACAGCCUACGGCACCACCCCCGAGCAGUCGUAUCAAGUGCGCAUGACCAAGCAAGACCCGUCCAUGUGGGUGCUCCAGGUGCCGCUCUCAGGACUGGACGCACAAGAAGCGUUGGCCGCGUACCUGCAUCUGGCCGCAACCUGUGAAACGUUGCGCACGACGUUCGUGGACUCCGCCACCCUCGGUGUGUGUCAUGUUGUGAACUCGUCCGCCAGCGUUUAUCGAGUUCAAGCUGAAUCCAUGCGUGCGUUCUUGGUAACAGACGCUUCAGUUGGGUUUAAACUGUCAGACUCGUCGUUUGCGCGCUUCACAGUCGUCGACAUCGCUCAUCCGUCUGAGGAGUCCAUUGGCGUCUUGACGAUCCACCACGCUCUGUACGACGGCUGGUCUAUCUCCCUCUUGUUGUCAGAUUUGCUGCACGUGUAUCGCACUGGAACGUCGCCACCGUCCCGCCCGUCCUUUCGAGCAGUGAUCGACUACUUGCACGCCCAAGACUCGGCCACAACAGUCGCCUUCUGGACCGCCUAUCUUGUCGACGCCUCGACGUCUCCACUCCUGAACUCCAUCGUUCCCCAUCUGUAUGCUUCAGUGGGCUCCGAUGGGGAUGGAUCCGUCUCCACCCACGUGCACUUGCCGCAGCUACAGACGCUGGCCCAGCGUUUUGGCGUGACAACAUCAACUGUCGUGCUCCUGAGCUGGGCGAUGACGCUGCAGGUCCACACUGGACGUGACGACGUUGUGUUUGGACAAGUGCAGGCGAAUCGCAACCUCCCUGUGGAAGGGCUUGACCGGAUGCUUGGCUGUGCGAUGAGCUCCGUGCCGUGCCGAGUCCACUUUGGCGCCCCUAUGACGUUGGUCGAGCGUCUGCAACAGUUGCAAACAAUGCGCAGUGCGAUGCUGGGCCAUUGCAUGAUCGACCCUGAAGACACGACAACGUGGAGCCACCUUCCAGCCAUGCAAUACGACACGGAAGUGGCGUUUCACAAUUUCAACGACAACCACAGUGACGUCGACGACUUGCUGCGAAAAAUGGAAAAAGGAUCGGAACAUCGCUUUGGGGUGUACAAGAUUGAGCUUGCAGUGGCACCAACGGCUAGCGGGGUCCAGAUCGACGCAGCGUUCGACGCAGGUCGAAUCCAACGAGCUGCUGUCGCGUCGAUGGUGUGCAGAAUGCGGCACGUUUUGCAUCAAUGUCAAGAGGACUUAGUAACUGAAGCUCGAUAGUUAAGGAUUAAUCGAAGAGAUACAUGACG